AUGUCUGUCCCUAACAUCAUGUUGGCCGUGGUGUUAGUGGUUUCGUUUGCCGUGUUUAUCGCUCCGUUGCAAGGACAACUGCAUAAAAACCUCAAGUACUACGAAACGCUCCACGCGAAGGAUCUUUCACAUCGAAUAGAGAAACGCGGUACCAAACACAGCAACCACCCGUUCAACACGAUUAAGGAGGUGGAGUUCAAGGUGUUGGGAAGAAAGUUUCGCCUAAUUUUACAUCCUCAUACAUCCGUACUGCACAGUAACUUUCGGGCUUAUUCCGUCGAUGGCAAUGGAAGCAAAUCGAUCGUUCAUCUCGAUCGUAGCAAUUUUUUUAAGGGCCGUUUGUUUGGUGAAAUCCAAUCCCAUGUAAAUGCACACAUCGAUGAUGGUGUGAUGACCGCUUCGGUCGUAUUGCCGGACGAAACGUAUCACAUUGAACCAUCGUGGCGCCAUUUACCGCAUUUGAGCGAUAAACACAUGAUUGCAUACCGCUCGUCCGAUAUCAAGUUCAGCUGGGAUCAGGUCGAUGCCAUUUCGGGAGAUUUGGGUGUACCGCGUACGUGCGGCUAUGUCAAAGAGGGUCUUGAACUAGAAGGACAACCGGACGAAGAUGAAUAUGAGGAUGGUGUGGAAGUGUAUGAAACCGACAAUGACCCAACACCGGAAACGGUGUGGCAUGCGACAGACUCGCAGGACAGUAAAAAAACUCGUCGCAAAAGACAGGCGGAUCAGUAUGAGUAUACACCGACAAAAACUCGCUGCCCUUUGUUGCUCGUGGCAGAUUAUCGCUUCUUCCAGGAGAUGGGUGGAAGCAAUACUAAAACUACCAUUAAUUAUUUGAUAAGCCUUAUCGAUCGUGUUCAUAAGAUUUACAACGAUACCAUCUGGCAGGAUCGUUCGGAUCAGGAGGGAUUUAAAGGGAUGGGUUUCGUGAUUAAAAAAAUCGUGGUGCAUUCAGAACCGACAAGAGUACGUGGCGGCGAGGCCCAUUAUAACAUGGUGCGUGAAAAGUGGGAUGUUCGAAACCUACUCGAGGUAUUCUCCCGGGAGUACAGCCAUAAGGAUUUUUGCUUAGCGCAUCUUUUUACAGAUCUUAAGUUUGAAGGAGGAAUUCUAGGAUUAGCAUACGUUGGUUCUCCGCGUCGUAAUUCCGUUGGCGGCAUUUGUACUCCAGAAUACUUCAAAAAUGGCUACACUCUGUACCUCAACUCGGGUCUCAGCAGUUCUCGCAAUCACUAUGGACAGCGUGUGAUAACGCGCGAAGCGGAUCUUGUAACGGCGCACGAGUUUGGCCACAACUGGGGUUCCGAACAUGAUCCCGACAUUCCGGAGUGUUCACCAAGUGCUUCCCAGGGCGGUAGCUUCCUAAUGUAUACCUACUCCGUCAGUGGCUAUGACGUAAACAAUAAGAAAUUUUCACCCUGUUCGUUGCGUUCAAUCCGUAAAGUAUUGCAAGCGAAGUCGGGGCGCUGCUUUUCCGAACCGGAAGAAUCGUUCUGCGGCAAUUUGCGUGUCGAGGGUGAUGAACAGUGCGAUGCCGGCUUACUAGGUACUGAGGAUAAUGAUGCGUGCUGCGAUAAGAAUUGCAAGCUACGACGCAAUCAAGGAGCUGUGUGCAGCGAUAAAAACUCACCCUGCUGUCAGAACUGCCAGUACAUGAUGGCUGGGGUGAAGUGUCGCGAGGCACAGUACGCCACUUGUGAACAGGAAGCACGUUGCACAGGGAAUCAUGCCGAAUGUCCGAAGAGUCCUCCGAUGAGCGAUGGCACAAUGUGCCAGGAGCGAGGCCAAUGUCGAAAUGGGAAGUGUGUGCCGUAUUGUGAGACGCAGGGACUGCAGAGCUGUAUGUGCGAUAUCAUAGCGGAUGCCUGUAAACGCUGCUGUCGGCAGAGCAUCAACGAGACAUGCUUUCCGGUAGAGCCACCAGAUGUGCUACCGGAUGGAACACCGUGCAUACAGGGUUUCUGUAAUAAGGGCAUGUGCGAGAAAACGAUCCAGGAUGUGGUGGAACGCUUUUGGGACAUUAUUGAGGAGAUUAACAUCAACAAGGUGUUGCGAUUCCUCCGCGACAACAUUGUCAUGGCGGUUGUCAUGCUAACAGCUCUGUUUUGGAUUCCAGUCAGCUGUGUUAUCGCAUACUUUGAUAGGAAGAAGAGGAAAGAGGAUUGGAAGGAGUACGAGUGGAGCCAAAAGCUGGAUCUCAUACACCCGAGCGAUCGAAGACGGGUGAUUCAUAUAAGGGUACCGAGACAAAAGAUAACCGUUGCAAGAAUGUGA